AUGUCUGAUAUGGGGGUAGCCUCAUUCGACCAUUCCGUCGAUGCGAAGCCGGGACAAUGGCGGGUUUUAAGACCUGAAAUCCAGAGAUGGGCAACGGUGAGCUUCUCGGAUUUUGCACUGACAUCGGAUUAUGUUGCGAAAUACGUUUUAGGGCCUUAUGAGGAGCCGGUUGUGUGCCCAGACGGGGUGCACCCGCUAUUUAUCAAUCCGGCGUGUCACAGAGGCGAGACUGGAUAUUUCGAGUGCCCGGAAAACAUCGAAAACUGCACGUGUGUGCUGGGGUGGCCGUGUCCUUCAAUUACGCCCAACUCACUGUUGGUUAAUUUUGGCCGCCCGUUUGUAGACCAGAUUGAGUGCGAUCCAUUGCUCCCGAUCUGCAAACGGGCGGUAAACGGAAAAAUGAGAAUGAUGAAGAGGACGGUUGAGCCGAAAGGGCGGUGGUGUUGUACCGACAAACCGCGUACUGGAUAG